AUGUUUCUUAAAAAAAUCGAGUCGUUAUCGUUACCAACUUUCGAUGGAAAGCAAAAUAAAAACACAAAUGGAAGUAUUUUCCACAAUGUUGAAUUAAUCGUCGAAUAUAUUCAACAAAAACUAACUGUUGAGAGACCGCACACCGAAGCAAUAAUUCAAGCAGCUGGUUUUACGUAUAUUGAGAAUAGCGGUGGUCGUGUACAAUGUUCUCAAUGUAAACUUGAGAUACCUAAUUUAACGAAGGAAAUGGUUCCAUUUGACGAACAUAAAAGACAAAGUCCAUCGUGUCCAUAUGUGAAGGACAUUACUGGCGUGAGUGAACAAUAUAAAACACCAUCAGAUCAAUCAAUAUCACCCACUGGAGUUAAACCACAAAAACUACAAAAAACUGAGACUUCAACAUGUGUCGUAGACGCAACAACACAAAAAAACAUUAAUAAACAAAAACAAGAUGCAAUAACCUCAUCGUCAUCUGCUGUUUUUCGAAACUUUACCGAAGUAGAAACUAUUCGACAAGUUCGUAAACGAACAUUUUCUCACUGGCCUCAUCGAGCACCAUCUCGAAAUCAAAUGGUCGAGGCUGGAUUUUUUAAUUGUAAUGUUGGUGAUCGUGUUAUAUGUAUUUAUUGCAACGUUAUUUGUCAACAAUGGACACCUCAUAACGAUGAUCCGGUUGAAAUUCAUAAAAUAUUAUCUCCAAAUUGUUCCUAUGUUAAAUUAGUUUUAAGAAAGACUGCUUCAUUAAACAGCAUACGUAUUGUAAAUGAAACCGGUCGUCAAUCAUCACAAACAGUACCAACUAAUGAUACAAGUCAUCCUACGAAUAAUAAUAAUAGUAGUGACGUUUUGCGAUGUAAUGAAAUUGUUUUAACAGCAGCAUGCAAUAUUGCUUAUUCAGAAAUUCCUAAACGAUAUGCCUCGUUUGCCACAUGGCCAAAUGAACCAUUACCAUCAGUUGAUGAUUUAGUAAAAUCUGGCUUUUAUUAUACAGGAACAAAAACAAUUGUCACAUGCUUUUAUUGCAAUGGUUCAUUACAAAAUUGGGGACAAAAUGAUAAUCCAAUGAUUGAGCAUGCUCGCUGGUUCCCACAGUGUGCAUACGCAAGACAAUUAUGUGGUGAUGAUCUAUAUCGAAAAAUUCAAGACUCUAAACGGGCUGCACAAGAACGAACUCGAGCAAGUGAACAAUUAUUGUCAUCGUCAAAAGGAUUUUCCAUUAUCAAUAGCAAUGAGAAUUCGUCAACAACUUUAUCUACUUCAAAUAGUCGACAAUUGGUAAUACCAGAUGAUAGUACAUUGUCAAGGUUAGUGGCUGCUCGAUUAGAUUUACCAAUAUCGCAACAUUUAUUGAGUAAAGAUUUUAAAUUAUCAAUUAUAAAACGAUGUUAUGAAGAUCAAUUGCGUUUAAAACAUGAUGAUUUUGCAAUGGAUUGCGAUUUAUUGUUGGCAUGUACAAUUCUUCAAAAACAAAUUGAACAUAUUGAUGGUAAGAAAGAAAACAUCAUUAUACCAAGCGUACAUAUGAAAAAAUUGCGUGAACAAGCGGAAAAAGAAAGAAUGGAAAAAGAAAAGGCUGAGGAAACUAUACCUUUACCUAAUUCAUCUCAAAUUAUACCACCAGUGACAUUGUCAGCGACCUCGUCUUCCUUAAUGACAGGUGAUGCUGAGAUGACUUCGCUAACAAACGAGUCAUGUACGUCAAUUUCUUCAACAUCCUCAACGGAAUCAAAUGUUGUCAAAACGAACGAUGAAAAACCACAAUUAAAACAACAACAGAGUGUAUCAAAUGCUUGUGUGCUAUGUCUAGUAGAGGAGAAACAUCUGGCCUGUAUUCCAUGUGGACAUCUAGGUAAAUAUUUCUUAUCAAGGACAUUCAUUCGAUAG